AUGGAGCAGCAGUACGAUCCAAACCCGGACUUUUGCAUUCCAAGAUAUCGCAUGAAUUCGUUCCAAAACGAUUUCCUCGGUAUCCGUGACCAGGUACUCGGAUAACGUUCAUCUUAAUUCAAUUAAUUGUUUUUUUACAGACCGACAUCUUGAUUCCACUGGGCUUCGGAUUGGUGAUGGCGGUUAACAGAACUGACAAUAGGCUCCUCAACUGGCUGAUGCGCAUCGGAGCCGUCGCGACUAUCACCACUGGCCUCUUGCGUCUCGCCUACGUUCUUUUUUGUUGAAUGAACAUGUUCCUCUGUAAUUAGCAUGUUUUCUCAAAGUUUUUUCUGAAAUCUGGUUUUCUCAACCGUUUCUAUAUUUCAUCCAAUCUUCUCCUGGUCCUUGCAUUCAACAAUCGUUAUUUUUCAAUCAACUGCUUCAAAAGGUAACAUCUAAAAAAUUUUUGCAUUUCUUAAAGUACUUUUUUCAGAUGCAACUAUAUUCAAUGCAGUGCAGUCAAUCAAGUCUCCUGGAUACUUGUUGCAGGCAAAAUGCUGGACGAGGUUGGACAUUUGUAUGGGAUUUCCCAAACCAAGACCUGAGUUGCUGAUUCUGUGCGGAAUCUGGAAUUAUCCCUUUUCAACCUGGUUUUGUGUCCUUGAUUUACAAUGAAAUGUGUGUUGAAGCAAUAUCCCCUUUCUCCCUUUGAUGAUGUGAAACUGGUCUUGGAUUACCAGCAUUUGUAUCUAUCUUGAUAUUUUUUAUUAACCCAUUCAGAUUUACCGCUCAUUUUCAGGUCAAAAACCACAAUCACAAUUCCAACAUGCCCUCGGUAUACUACACAUAAUCUCCACUAAUCGACCUGCUUUUCAGAAAACGACAAAAAAAGACACAGUCUCCAAGAACAUGAGUUCUCGCUACACUUUUUUGGAGCCCAUGAACGUCCGCUCAAAGCCGCACGUUCCCGUCAUUGAUACGGGCCGCAACAAAACAGCGCAGUACUACCCGAUGGUGAGGAAAAUCAUGUGCAUCUAGGGAAUUGUAUGUUCUUUCAGACGCUUUCCGCAAAGCCGCAGGACGGUCCAUCUGCUAAUCCGGAAAAUAUCAAUGCGGUUAGUUGAAUAUUUUGAUACUGGUGUUGCAAAGAGUUAGGAAUGGCCACUCAGCCCACUUCACAUUAAUUCGGUGCAAAUUAUGGAAAUUUGACGGGCGCGAAUACGUUUUCAGUUGUAGAUGAAAUUAUCAAAAUUUUACAUCAAUAAUUUCAGUGAAUUUUCGUUCAGAACACUGCCUCUUCCUCGGCUUCUACCAACAAGAUUGAGUGGAAAUGGAAUCCGUCGAGCAGCAUGGCCGGCAUCAAGCUAUUCUCAACGUCGAUGCCAUCCUCGUCCACGUCGUCUUCUUGGAUGUCGGCCCCGUCGACUUCUCUGCAAUCGCCGCGAGAUCCUGAGAUUGGCACGUCCACGAAGAAGCCGCGAAUCGACUAA